GGAAAAUGGGUUCUGGCAGCAUUCGGGAUCGUAGUGGUCGUUGUGGUAAUAGCUGUCCCAACAGCCAUUUUUCUCAACGAGGAUAAAACUGUAUCCCAGAGGACAUUUACUCUAGAAGAUUACUUCAAUGGAACUGCAAGAACCAAGUCAUACAACAUGCGAUGGGUCUCAGAUGAUGAAUAUCUUCACAAGACGAGAGAAGGUUCAUUGCAUCUGAUCAACGCAACCACAGGAAAUGGAAGUGAAUUCAUCAAUCAGCAGAUAUUUACCCGUGUGGCAGCUUUUGAUUACAUGGUGUCAGCCGAUCGAAAAUACGUCUGUUUCCUGAGCAACUACACUAAGCUAUGGAGACACUCAUACACUGCAUCAUAUUCCAUCUAUGACCUGGAAAAAAGGGAUUUUAUAAAUACAGAUAUCCCACAUGAAAUCCAGUACCUAGCAUGGUCGCCAACCGGCCACAAACUGGCUUUUGUGUGGCAAAACAACGUCUUUGUUAAGGAAAAUCUUACCUCUCCAUUCACUCAAGUCACUUUUGAUGGAGCCCACAACCAGAUCCUCAAUGGCAUUCCUGACUGGGUGUACGAGGAGGAGAUGUUCUCCACCAACUUUGCUCUGUGGUGGUCACCAAAUGGGAGGUUUGUGGCAUACGCCAAAUUUAAUGACUCAGGAGUCCACAACAUUGAGUAUACAUGGUAUGGAGAAGGCCAAUAUCCAGAUACGGUCUUGAUACCAUACCCCAAGGCCGGAACCCCAAACCCAACUGUCAAACUCUUUGUCUUUGACACAAACACAACCAGGGACAAUGAAGUCCUGGUUCCCAGUGAUGUUGGUGCAGGAGAGCACUACCUGAGCACUGUUACAUGGGCAUCAGAUGAUCGAAUUGCAGUGCAGUGGCAGAAGAGAACGCAGAACUAUGUCGUUUUGAAGACGUAUGACUUCAGCGGCAGUGAUUGGACAGAAAGUUCACUGAGCCAGGUUAUCACAAGCAGCACGGGUUGGGUUGGCCGGUUUUCUCCUGAUGAACCUGUCUUUCGGCCAGACGGCAGCAGUUGUUAUUACAUUAUGAGUGAUGAGAAACAUUUUAAGCAUCUUGUUUAUUUCAAUCCAACAGUAAGGUCGUUCCUGACAACAGGAAAUUGGGAGGUCACUAGCAUCCUUAAGGUCACAAAUGAUGCUGUAUACUAUGUGAGUAAUGAACACAAUGCGAGUCCGGGCCAAAGGAACGUUUACAGAAUCACUAUAAAGGCUGAUUCUCAUUCGGAGCGUGAGUGUCUGACCUGUACCCUCAAUGAGGACCGGUGCAAAUAUAAUUCUGCCCUGUUUAGCACUAAAGGAACCUACUACCUCAUGAGCUGUUCUGGGCCUGGACUGCCUCUAUAUACACUGAGAAACAGCAGAGAUGGAACAGAGGUGAGAGUUCUUGAAGACAACAAAGAUUUGGAAAAUACUCUGCAGGAUAUCGCAAUGCCGUCUGUUAUGCAUGACACAUUGAAGAUCGGAGAGUUUGACCUCUGGUACCAGAUGAUUCUUCCUCCCAAAUUCGACAAAUCCAAAAAAUAUCCUCUGCUUAUUGAUGUAUAUGCAGGCCCCUGCAGUCAGAAGUCAGAUUUCCGGUUCAGGGUGGGAUGGUCCACAUACUUGGCCAGCACGGAGAAAGUGAUUGUGGCCAGUUUUGAUGGGAGAGGAAGUGGUUACCAAGGAGACAAAAUCAUGCAUGCCCUCUACAAACGACUUGGCACUUACGAAGUUGAGGAUCAAAUAACAGCCGCUAGAAAUUUUAUUGACAUGGGCUUCAUAGAUAAAAACAGGGUUGCCAUCUGGGGCUGGUCUUACGGAGGUUACGUCACUUCAAUGGUUCUGGGAGCCGGAAGUGGAGUUUUUAAAUGUGGAAUGGCAGUCGCUCCGGUCUCUAAAUGGGAGUAUUAUGACUCUAUUUACACUGAGAGGUACAUGUUGACGCCAGCGGAGAACCAGGCCUUUUACGAUAAUUCCACAGUGACGGGAAGAGCCAAGAACUUUAAAUCGGUCCAGUACCUCCUGGUGCACGGCACCGCUGACGAUAACGUUCACUUCCAGCAAGCUGCUCAGAUCUCUAAAGCCCUCGUGGAUGAACAAGUGGACUUUGAUGCAAUGUGGUACACUGAUCAAGACCACAGUCUCGGCGGCUCGGCCAAUCAGCACGUCUACACUCACAUGAGUCACUUUCUGAAAAACUGCUUUGCUUGAACUUGUGAAACUUUCCACCGGACCAAAUAAGCCAGAAGCCACAGCGCUGACUCCGCAUUACUUCCAGAGCACUUCACACACUUAAACACGUCAGGAGUGUGUGCUGGCUACUGUACUGUGAUGCAAUAACAGACUCCUUCAGUCACGUUCAUCAGUUUCAUUUGUA